AUGUUUGAGUGUGUAGAAUGUGGGAAGAGCUUUAGCAGAAAGGCCAACCUCGCGGUGCACCAGCGAGUCCACACAGGGGAGAGGCCGUACAAGUGCAAGGAAUGUGAGAAAACCUUCAGCCGUACCUCAAACCUUAUCGCUCACCGCAAAACCCACGCGAAAAAGAAAGCCUUUUCCUGCACCAUCUGCGGGAAAAGCUUCAGUGGAAGCGCAGCCCUCUUCCAGCAUCAGAGAAUCCAUAUGGAUGAGAAGCCCUAUAGGCGUACCGAGUGUGGAAAUAGCUUCCGUCUGUGCUCAAACUUCAUCAAACAUCAGCGGAUUCAUUUGAGAGAGACACCCAGUGAACACGCAGCAGAUGCAAAGCAUUCUGAGUGUACGUAUCUGCAUCAUAAAGAAGAGCAAAGGUGUGGUGCAGAGAACCGUGAGACGGAUCACGUGAAUCUUGUUCUUGAAGAGUCAGUCUCCUCCCUGAAAAUGCCAGUCACUUAUCCCAGUCAUCUGCUCCUGGAAUUCUGCCUACGGCUCGAGUUCCAGUCUCUCAAUACCCUGGAGCUUCUGCGACUUGACCAGCUUUGGGCUGCCAGUGUAUCCAAACGCAAACAAAUGUGA